AUGGCGGAACGAAUUGAUCAUAAUCAUCCCUUGUAUGUACAUCCAUCAGACACUCCUAGAGCUGUUCUCAUUUCUGUUCAGCUGAAAGGAUCUGAAAAUUAUGACAUAUGGAAAAGGUCAAUGACAAUAGCAUUACAGGCAAAGAGGAAGUUAGGCUUCAUUACAGGUGCUUGCAAGAAGGAUUCAGUACGUGAAGAACAUCAUGAAAACUGGGAGACUUGCAAUGCACUGGUUCUUUCAUGGAUCAUGAAUACAGUCACACCUUCACUUCUUAGUGGAAUUGUAUAUGCUUCGAAUGCUUUUUUAGUAUGGGAAGACUUGAAAGAAAGGUUUGAUAAAGUCAAUAGAAUGAGGAUCUAUCAGUUGCAUAAGGAGAUCAAUUCAAUUAAUCAAGUAGUUCCUUCUCCUGAUUGUGGUUGUGUUAGAGGUAAGGAGUAUGUGGCACAUCUUCAACAGCAACGGUUACUACAGUUUGUAGGAGGUUUAAAUGAUUCUUAUGAUCAAGCUAGGAGGCAGAUUCUCAUGAAAUCUUCUGAGCCUUCUUUGAAUCAAGCCUAUGCUCUUGUUAUUGAGGAUGAAUGUCAGAAAGGAUCUAGCAUAAACACUAUGUCUCAAUCGAUUACUGGAGGUAAUGAUAUCACUGCUUUAUGGAGUGCUGGAGGGCCAUCACAAAGCUAUAAGAAAUCACAUAAUGAACACUGGAAUGAGAAGUGUGAAUUUUGCAAAAUUAAGGGUCAUAUCAAGGCAAACUGUUAUAGACUCAUUGGAUAUCCACCAAAUUACAGAGGUAAGAAGAAAGAAGGUAUUGCAGCAAAUAGUUCUUCUAUGGGUGAGGAUUCAUCUCACAUCAAGGACAAUUAUGAUCAGCAUUUUGGUAUUUCUUAG